AUGUGGCAGUGUGAGCAGCUGUUGGUGCAGCUGGAGGCAGAAGCGCCAGCUGAAGGCGGAAGCCCCAGCCCGGCUGAACCUUGUUCUGUAGUGGUUAAAAUCCCUGUGCUUCUGGUGACUGAUGGAGGCGAAAAUACACGGUUUCACAAGAGGGCGGCAUUGGCCGCGGAAACCGAGGCUGCCACGGAUUUCCUGCGGUUUCGUUUGCGCGGCAACACAGGGGCAGCGGGGCCGGCUGCGACUGAGGGCGGAGGGCUCUGCCUGCGGCAGACGGCGAAGGGGAUUUCAGCCUCGCCCGGGGGCCGCAGGCAGAGCCCGGGGCCGGUGCUCGCAACAACGGGAGGGCUGACGCGCACCGGGAGCCCGCCCGGCUCCUUCCGAUUGGCCGCCGCUGGGGUGAGGUGUGAGCUCGCGGGGGCUGCGCGCCCUCGGAUUGGCGGCGCCCGGCGCGUGCGCGCCUCCGGGGCGGGGCCCCGAGCGCGAUUGGGCGCGCGGGGCGGGGGCGCGCGCAGCGGCUGCUCCGCGAGCCCCGGGGCCGGGCCGGGUCCGUCCCCGUUCCCCUGCCCCGCUCCCUGUGCCCGGCACCGGGAGAGCCCUGCCGUGCGGGCUCCUGGCUGCCGAGUGGUUUUACCUUGCUCCGUGCAAGAGUAUCAAGUUGGGCAGCUUUAUUCUGUGGCAGAAGCUAGCAAAAACGAAACAGGAGGUGGGGAAGGAAUUCAGGUCUUAAAAAAUGAGCCUUAUGAACAGGAUGGCGAGAAGGGACAAUAUACUCACAAAAUCUAUCACUUAAAGAGUAAAGUCCCUGGGUUUGUAAGGAUGAUUGCUCCAGAAGGCUCCCUGGUGUUCCACGAGAAGGCCUGGAAUGCAUAUCCCUACUGUAGAACAAUUGUGACAAAUGAAUACAUGAAAGAUGACUUCUUCAUAAAAAUUGAGACCUGGCAUAAACCAGAUUUGGGAACAACAGAGAACGUGAGGAACCUCUAUCCAAACACAUGGAAGAGUGUUGAGGUUGUCCAUAUUGACAUUGCAGAUAGAACUCAAGUAGAACCAGGAGACUACAAAGCUGAUGAAGAUCCUGCAUUAUUCCAGUCAGUUAAGACAAAGAGAGGACCUCUGGGGCCAAACUGGAAGAAGGAGUUAGCAACUGAUGAGGAGUGUCCCAAAAUGUGUGCUUACAAAUUGGUGACCAUCAAAUUUAAGUGGUGGGGACUGCAGAACAAAGUGGAAAAUUUUAUACAAAAGCAAGAAAAAAGGAUAUUUACCAACUUCCACCGCCAGCUGUUCUGUUGGAUUGACAAGUGGAUUGAGCUGACUAUGGAGGACAUCAGGAGGAUGGAGGAUGAAACCCAGAAGGAGCUGGAAGCGCUGCGUAACCAAGGCCAAGUGAGAGGAACGAGUGCUGCCAAUGACGAGUGACCCGGGCGGACGCGGCGCCGGACCUUGGCCGUGUGUGUGGGUGCAUGACUCUGUAUAUAACUACACACACACAUGCAGACAGAAGGGGUGGUUACAGUGUCUCUGGGUGCUAUACCUGUCCUAGCAAAGAUUCCAAGGAAACUGCUUUCAUUAUGUAUACCCCCAAGCAAAUAAAAAAAUCAACUGAGUAGUGUCAUUUAAAGGAUGAAUUUUGCUAACUGGUAUGUUCAUGAAUGUCAAUACUGGACCAAUUUCUGCCCUACUUGUUUUCUCUCCUGUCCAAGUCACUCUGCUCUAACUUGCCCAUCUCUCAUUGUAAAGGAACACUCAAACAAGUUAAUUUCAGUUUUAUGUCUUCCCUAUGUGAUGAGUUUUUGGAAUAGGAACAAUGAAUGUAUUUAUAGCUAUUUAUUUCUGGAUUGUCAUUAUCCUCUAGUCAAAUCAGAAAAAAAUUUCUAUUAGUGGAAAUUGGGAGACUUUUACUGUUGAAUAAGUUUAACCCAAACUUUACCCACUCACUGAUUUAAAAGAAAAAAAAUCAUGUUUUAUUGUACUUUUGUACAUUGAAAUGCUAACAGUUUUCUUCAUUAAAAUUGGCAAGACUAAGGAAAAA